GAGACACUGACAGUGACAUAUUCUGACAGUGACAGUUUAUUUCAUUCAUGCAUUUCAUUCUUUGUUGUGUUUUAUUGACAGAUGUCCCACGUGUUUAUUUGACGAAAAUACAUAAUUUAUUGAAUUAAUAUUGUGAAAUGGGUGUAAUCCAAAGAAUAAAGAAACCAACAACACGAAAGGGUAAGAAGGUAUUGCAUUCAAAGGAGCCGAAGGCUGAGGAAGGGCCGAAGCAAUGCAUAUUCAUGCAGGCGAGGAACCCCUCCGAGCGCACCAGGAAGCUGCUCAAAGACAUAUACGACCUGAAGAAACCUGACGCGGCGUAUCUUAGCCGCAAGAAUGACUUCGUACCAUUUGAAGAUGCUGGCUUAAUUGAGAAGUUAUGCUACAAAAAAGAAGCAGCCCUAUUUGGUGUGGGAUCGCACAGUAAGAAGCGACCGCACAACAUAAUCUUCGGAAGGACAUUUGACUAUGGUGUGUUGGACAUGAUUGAGCUUGGCGCUGAAGAGUACAAAACCAUGUCUGAGUUUCAUAACAUGAAGGUGCUUGCGGGUAUCAAGCCAUGCUUGCUGUUCAACGGGCCCGCCUGGGACCUCAAUAAUGACUUGAAGAGAUUGAAAUCAGUGUUCACCGACUUCUUCUACAGAGAAAAGGUUGAAACUAUAAGGCUGCAAGGCCUAGAGCAUGUGCUGAGCUUCACGGCAACAGACGAGGGCAUGGUGUACCUGCGCUCAUACAGAAUUCAGCUGAAAAAGAGUGGCCAAAGAACACCACGGGCUGAACUUGAAGAAAUUGGUCCAUCCAUAGACUUCAAGCUCAGAAGGACGAAGUUGGCUGCGGAUGACCUCUACAAGGAGGCCUGCCGAGUGCCCAGAGAAGUGCGACCAAUCACAAAGAAGAACAUUUCCAAGGAUGCUUUCGGCAGCAAACUGGGUCGCGUCCACAUGGUGAAGCAAGACGUCAACAAAUUACAGACUCGCAAGAUGAAGGGAUUACGGAAGACUCCGAUGGAGAAGAAAGAGAGAUUGUUAAAACAAAAGAAUGCGAAAAAGGCAGCAAAGCUAGCUGCUCAGGCUAUGGAAGUUUAAUAAAUGUUGUCCGGUAUAAA